AUGACGAGUUCAGCUCCGACAGAAUCUCAAAAAUUCCUCUCCACCAGAGGUGGUGACUAUGGCCUCUCGUUCGAGACUGUUGUCUUGAAGGGACUCGCUGCGGAUGGCGGUCUUUUCUUGCCUCACGAAGUCCCAAUCGCCCAUGACUGGCAAAGUUGGAAAGAUCUCUCCUACGCAGAGCUCGCCUUCAAGAUCUUUAGCCUCUAUAUCUCCCCCUCCGAAAUCCCCCCAGAAGACCUGAAAGGCAUCAUUGAACGGAGCUACUCGACAUUCCGUGCCGAAGAUGUUGUGCCCUUGACGCAUCUGCAGGAUGACAACCUAUAUCUUCUCGAACUAUUCCAUGGCCCAAGCUACUCCUUCAAAGACUGUGCCUUGCAGUUUCUGGGAAAUCUUUUCGAAUACCUCCUCGUGCGGAAGAACCAAGGAAAGGUUGGAAAAGAUAGGCAUCAUUUGACAGUCGUCGGCGCGACGAGUGGUGAUACUGGAUCUGCCGCCAUUUACGGUCUUAGGGGCAAGAAGGACGUGUCGGUGGUCAUCUUACAUCCUAAGGGCCGUGUCAGCCCUAUCCAGGAGGCGCAGAUGACCACCUGCACAGACAGGAAUGUCCACAACCUUGCCGUGACGGGAACGUUUGACGAUUGCCAGGAUAUCGUUAAGGCUAUGUUUGGUGACCCUGAUAGCAACCAGGCCUUGAAGCUCGGUGCUGUCAACUCGAUUAACUUCUCGAGAAUCCUCGCUCAAAUCGUGUUCUAUUUCUACGCCUACUUCUCGCUUGCUAGAAAGUCCCCGACGUUCAAGGUGGGUGACAAGGUCAGAUUUGUGACCCCCACUGGAAACUUCGGCAACAUCCUCGCGGGUUACUUCGCAACCAAGAUGGGUCUCCCCGCCGACAAGCUGGUCGUGGCCACGAAUGAGAACGAUAUUCUGCACCGCUUUUGGACGACUGGCCGCUACGAGAAGAACCCUGUUCAGGAACAGAACGCUGAUGGCACCGUGAAAGCCGACGCUUGCAAGGAGACACCAAGUCCUGCAAUGGAUAUUCUGGUCUCCAGCAACUUCGAAAGACUCAUGUGGUUCCUCGCAAAAGAACAAGCAGCGGCAGCCGGCCUGGACGACACGUCCAGUAAAAAGAAGGCCGGUGAAGAGGUUUUGGCCUGGUACCAAUCAUUGAAGGCCACUGGCGGUUUCGGCCCUGUCGACAAGGAUUUGUUGGAGAAUGGACGGUCGACUUUUGACAGCGACCGUGUCAGCAACCCAGAGACCGUGGAGACUAUCAAGUCCUGCUAUCAGGAGACCAAAUACGUUCUUGAUCCCCAUUCGGCUGUUGGAGUUACCGUUGCGAAGAGAUCCCUUGCUAAGACUGGCUCGAACGUCCAUCACAUCUCGCUCUCCACUGCUCACCCCGCCAAAUUCUCCGAGGUCGUUGAAUCAGCUCUGAAGGGCGAGGCCGGCUUCAACUUCGAUGAACAGGUGCUUCCUGAUGAGUUUAAGGCUUUCGCGCAAAAGGAAACCAGGGUCACAACAGUUGAGAACUCGUGGGAGAAGGUCCGGGAGAUUGUGAAACGCCAGGCUGAAGAGGACAUCAAGGCCGAGAGCAGCGCUUAA